CCGCCGUCGCGUCUUCCACUCCACACACUGUGUCGCACCACCAUGGCGGACAGUGCGAGCGAGAGCGACACCGACGGAGCAGGGAGCAGCUCGGCCACCCCGAUGUCAUCCUCCGCCUCGAAUUCGGGAAAACCGAGCAUAGUCAUCUCACAGUUUCGCUUGGAGGAACUGACGAACCGCCUGGCCUCGUUACAACAGGAGAAUAAAGUUCUUAAAAUUGAACUGGAGACGUUCAAACUCAAAUGUAAAGCCCUGCAGGAGGAGAAUCGGGACCUUCGAAAAGCUAGCGUCACCAUUCAAGCAAGAGCAGAGCAGGAGGAGGAGUUUAUCAGCAACACCUUGUUCAAGAAGAUCCAGGCACUGCAAAAAGAGAAGGAGACAUUGGCUGUCAACUAUGAAAAGGAGGAGGAAUUUCUCACCAAUGAACUGUCAAGGAAGCUCAUGCAACUCCAACAUGAGAAGGCGGAGUUGGAGCAGCACUUGGAGCAGGAACAGGAGUUCCAGGUCAACAAGCUGAUGAAGAAGAUCAAGAAGAUGGAGAAUGACACCAUUUCAAAGCAGCUCACCCUGGAACAGCUGAGGCGUGAGAAGAUCGACCUUGAGAACACAUUAGAGCAGGAGCAGGAAGCUCUGGUCAACAGACUAUGGAAACGCAUGGACAAACUGGAGGCUGAGAAAAGAAUCCUUCAGGAGAAGUUAGACCAGCCGGUAUCAGCCCCUCCUUCUCCCAGGGAUGUCUCCAUGGAGAUUGACUCACCGGAGAAUAUGAUGCGGCAUAUCCGCUUCCUGAAGAACGAGGUAGAAAGGCUGAAGAAAAGCUUGCGCACCACUGAGCUGCAACACACAGAGAAGCGUGCUCAGUACAUAGAGGAGGAGCGGCACAUGAGGGAGGAGAACAUCCGGCUGCAGAGGAAACUCCAGAGAGAGAUGGAACGCAGGGAGGCUCUGUGUAGACAGCUGUCAGAGAGUGAAUCCAGUCUGGAGAUGGAUGAUGAGAGGUACUUCAACGAGAUGUCUGCGCAAGGUUUGCGAGCGAGGACUGUGUCCAGCCCUAUCCCAUACACCCCCUCUCCCAGCUCCAGCCGACCUAUAUCACCUGGUCUGUCGUACGGCAGCCACACAGUCGGCUUUACCCCCCCGGCCACGCUGUCCAGAGCUGCCAUCUCCCACUACAACCCUCCCGCUCUGCACGUCCAUGGAAGCUCCUCCCACGCUGUAGCGAGGCCCUCUCCCAGAAGAAGUACCAGCCCGGAUAAAUUCAAACGCCCGACGCCCCCACCGUCCCCCAACACGCACUCGGGGGCCCAGCAGCCUCAGCCUCCACUCCCCCCACCGGCCCAACCCAUGGUCCAGUCCAUGUCCUCCCCGGCAGCUAUGGCGCAGCAUGCAGCAGCAGCGCAGCAGCAGCCGUCCCAGCCUUAAUGCCACACGUGGUCUCUGGCCUUGCGUGUGAGUGCGCGUGCCACCGUAUGCCGCGACACAACCGCAACAGCAGCUUCCAUCAUAACCGGCUCUGGAAGUCAAGUCUCUCACUCUUUACAGACGCCACAAAAAACAGCUUCAAUCUGGGGCAGGGAAGGGGGCAUCAAGCCGGCAGAACAUCCUUGAAUAAAGUAGCUGCCCGCCAAAUCCACGCAAGGCGUUACUUAACUACUAUUAAAAAGGAAUGGACUGACUGAAAAAUAAAGGCUUCUGGGCUUUGUAGGCCAAUAAUCCGUUCACAUUCUAUCUUGUACAUGUAAGGUUUUUUUGUUUGUUUUUAUUUGGUUUUCUUUGCUUGGGACUGUUGCCGAUAGGAAUUGUUGUUGUGGCACUUAUGGGGUAGCACAUAUCACAAUGUAUCCUGGUGUCGUGCUGAUUGAUUGGACGUUCAGAUCAAUGGAUGGAUGUAUGGCUAGAUGAAUGGAUGGAUGGAUGCAGUCGAUCCUUUCCAUGCCUAUAAUACCAUACUUGAUGCAGUAAUAUGCUCCACUCCAGCUCACCCCACUUACUUUGUCCCUAAAGCAAUGUAAGAGAAUUUCCCCCAACCCAACUUAGACAGCUAAGUCCCUAGAGAGGUGUCCCAGAAGACCUCUCAACUCACAAAGGAAAAACUCCAUCAUAGGGCAUUGAUCAAACACAGCUAGUGCCACUAUACAUUGAUCUUUCUUUACCCUGAAAGAAUUCAAUGGCCAUGCUGCUUGUCAAUAGAAAAAAGAAAAAAAAACCGCUGACAUCAAGAUGGGUGGACACUGGUACAUAAACCACAGAUAUGUCGCCUUUUGAGGUGUUUAAAAUGUAGUCUGAGGUGUUACAACGUAGUCAUGUACUCAUGUCUCUCUUGCGCUCUCUCUUUCGCUUUCUCUCUCUCGCUCUCUGGUGUAGUUCUGAAAGCUUCUAUCAUCCGUAUGGAUAUUCCUCAUCAGAAAAACAACUUACUGCUCUUUACACUAAAUAUACAUACUGCUCAAAACAUUCUAAAUGAAUGGUACCGUUCAACUAAAUUUCUAUGUAUUAAAGCUCUUGAGAAGAU